AUGACUGCAGUGGACGAGACAAGGGAGCGAUCAAAAAUAAAGUAAGAAAUAGACCAAAAAUUACCGAAAAGCUCUCAUUUUACAUGGAAUGAUUAAGUAAUCUUAAAUUACGAUAACUUUUCUUUCAGGCCGAUGGAAUGGACGGGGGAAAAAGAUGUUUUCAUGUUGAGGGAAAUGUUUGGCUCCAAUGUUUUCGCUCUCAAAAAAGGAAGCCCAGCUCGUGGCCUCGCUUGGGAGUCAGUAAUAUCGACGCUUAACGGAAUGGAGUCUCAAGAGUUUCAACUUUAA